UUAUUUCGGAUCAAGGUGGGGUAAGUUGGACAGGUGGGUUAGGGGGACAUCUGUUGGGUAGCAAGCCGUCGCUAUGGCCACCGUUUGUUGUGAGCGCUUGUUGACGUUUUGCGCUAUGUCGGCCAAACAAUUAAAAUCGAGCGAUAAUAAUAUUUUACGACUGGACGGCGAUAAAAUAAGUCUCGAAGUGCGACCCCCCAGUAAGUUAAGCACUGCAAGUUCCAAAUGUUCGUUGUUGACCAAGUUCUAUUCAAGACCUGUGUCCGCAGUGCCGCUACUAGCCCUAAAAGACGAAGUCGAUUCUGAUUCUUUCAAGACUAAAAGACCCUUUUCCGCUGGAUAUCUUCCUAACAGUUACCACAAUAGACUAAUUUCAACCAGAGAGCAAAGUAUUGAUAGCUUAGAAAGCAUUCCAGAUGAAACCUUAUCUUCGUCCGAUCUUCUCAAAAAUCUCCUCUCUGAACCAAUCAAAUCAUGGCGUAAUUAUUCUUCCACCAACUCUACUAAAACCGAAGAAACAAAAACAACUUCACCAAAUAUUGUCCUAACUCCAGGAGUCCAAACAAAACCACCACUGCCUAAAAAACCUGAAGCAAAAAUGUCUUCAAGACCCGAAAAAGACCCAGGUGUUAACGCAAUUCACGAUUAUCUAACCCUGAAAUACGAAUCAAGUUUGGAAAAAGAAACGGAGAAGAGCAAAGAAGUAGAAAAAGCUCCAAGUGAUGAUUCUGCUAUCAAUUUGAUAAGUUUAGACGACGAUGUCAAAUCUGAUUUAGAUGAGCAAAAGUUGAACAUCCAAAACUGGAUUGAAGAAAAAGAUUUGAAGUGGGAGGACGAUAAGCAAAUUCCCAAUUUGUGCGACAUUGACAUCGACGAGCUUUUUAAAGAUGAAAAUGACAAAAAAUUUGAUCAUUUCUUCCCAACCGUUGAAGAUAAAAGUCCGAAGAAGAAACCAAAAGCUUCGCCAAAACCUAAAGUUAAGUUUAUCGCGACUCCGAUGAAAUCUGACCCGGAUUAUGUUGAUGGGUCGAAAAAUGAAGUCGAGACUUGGAUUUCCAAAAAGCCAAUCAGUGAAGAAAGGAAAUUAAUUUUUAGCGAUUUCUUGAACAAUGUGGAUGAGUUGGAGAAAUCUGUUUCUUUGGGUGCUGUUGACAUUCCUCAAGACAUCCCACAGCAUGAUAUUGAUACAGUUCCUAAUAGCCCAACCUAUGAAGAUAUCGCAUCAAUUCUGAAGGUCCUAGAAGCCGAAGAUAAAAAAUCUCAAAUGAAGAUGGAGAGCAUGAAACAGGUCGUUUCAGAAAUUUCUUCCAAACCUAAUGACAAAAAAGCGUAUCAAAGUGAAGAAGAAGAAGGCAAAAUUUUGUCGUCCAAACCCACAAUUAUGAUAACUGAUGAAUCAAAAAAUAAAACGAUUGAUUAUCGUUCUUCUUCCAACUACAACGAACUUCUUUCAUUUCUGGACGAAGUGGACCGAAGUUGUUCCAAGCCCUUAAACGAGGUCAAAAAAAUCUACACUAGACCAGAACCAGUCAAACUUAAACUCGACACAAUCCCAAAAUUUGAAGAUUUGAUCACUUGCUCCAAUGACGAAUUGGCACGUCAUGUGAUUGAUCUGAGUUUAAAAUUGAAGGAAAAAUCGUCUUCUAUUACAGUCCUCCAAACCGAACUGUCUUCCCUUCGAGAAGAAAUCGUCAACACGACGAAAAAAUCCGACCAAACAAUCAAACAAAAACUGAAGACCCAGAAAGAAGAAUACGAGGGAACGAUCAAACGGCACCAAAAAUUCAUCGACCAGUUGAUCACCGAUAAAAAAUCGCUAAAUCAGAAGUGUGAAGGCUUGGUCACCGAAAUGAAGACGAUGGAAGAACGCUUCCAGUCCAACAUGAAAGCUGUUGAACACAAACACAACGUUGAGCUUCAGAAAGUCAAAGAAAUGGCAGCUGCUGGUGAAAAACUGAGACGAGAGCGUUGGAUCGACACCAAGACACAAAAAAUCAAAGAAUUGACAGUUAAAAGCAUCGAACCAGAAUUGCAAAGUAUGGAAAAACGCCAACAACAAGAACUUGCUGAUUUGCGUUCCCUACACAAGCGGGAAAUUGAAGAUUUGGAGCUUAAAGCAGCUCGAAAAAUACAAGAACAGUGCGAAGCGCUUCGAGUCCAACUUGUGGAAGAACGUGAAAAAGCUUUGGCACACGAACGCGAAAUUAUGAGACAAAGGUACGAGAAACUUGUCGAAUCGGAAGAAAAAGGUUUCCAGGAACAAAGAAGAAGACUACUUGCUGAUCACCAAGCAAGAGUUGCUGAAUGCGAGCAAAGAGAAGCUUUAGCUUUAAGCGAAAAAGAUAAAGCGAUAAAGCAAGCUCAAGAUGAUUUUGAAGAACGGUUGCAAAUUGUCAUCAGGAGACACGCUAAUGAGAUAAAGUUGAUCAAAGAAACGGCCAGUUUAGAGAUGGAAACCUGGCAGAAUAAUUACAAGAAGCAACAAACAGUUCAGUUGGUUGAGAAGGAAAGCAUCAUACGAGAACAAUGUCGCAAGGAACGAGACAGAGAGAUUGAGGCAGUGAUUGAACGUUUGGAAAAAGAAGCAAGUGAUAAUAAGCUACAGAUUGAGCACUCAAGUGAAAGUCGGAUCAGACGGCUUAAGGAAAAAUACGAGAAGGAAAUACUCGAUUUGGAGGAAAGUGAACGAGAGUCUAAAGAAAAGUAUCACACGGUAAAAAAGAAACUGGUUGAAAGUGAAGACGUGAUAAUCAAUUUGAAAGCAACAAUCGAUCAGUUGCAAAGCCAGGUUGACUCGUCCAAAGCCAUCGCACUGAAACUGCAACAAGAAAGAGAAGAAGUGAAGGAAAUGAUGAGAAAUGAGGUGCGGCAAGAAAUGGAGAGUUUGGAGAAAGAGUUGAUGAAAGUGAAAGAUUCAAGAGAUAAUGAGAUCCAACAGCUUUAUUCAAGAGUCAAAGUUUCAAUAGCACGAAAAGACGAAAUUUUGGAGGAGUUGACAAGAGAUCACAAAGCCUUACAGGAGAAGUGCGCUUAUUUGGAGAACAUGUUGGAACAACAGCGAAAGGAGUAUUUGAUAAAAUAAGUUUUGUAUUUUUAUUAUUGUCGCACAAAUGACGAUUUUCCAAUUAUAUUAUUCAUUUUACAAUAAAUGUGUUUUCCCACUUCUCAUUAACAGAGCCAUGUAUCAAUG